AAACCUCGCAAAGACAAAAGGUGAGCGUACGCGUCCGCCAGCUCUCCUCCUUUCCAUCCACUACGUAUUCGACGUUGCAGCUAUGGCUCCGCUCGCCGUAAAGAUCAAGCAUGCCGGGAAGGUGCACGAUGUGCAGCUCGAUCCCGACCAGUCUCCAGCCAUAUUCAAGGAUGCGGUUUACCAAGUGACCGGCGUUCCGCCAGACCGUAUGAAGGUUAUGAUCAAGGGAGGCGUGCUCAAGGAUGACACAGACUGGAGGAAAGUCGGUCCGAAAGAGGGCCAGACAUUCAUGGUCAUUGGUGCAGCAGGGGAGCUACCAAAGCCUCCAGAAAAGCCGAUCGUAUUUCUGGAAGACAUGGACGACUCGGCUCUCGCAGAAGCUCUCGCACUACCCGUCGGUCUCAAGAAUCUCGGGAACACAUGUUACAUGAACUCGACUCUCCAGGCACUCCGUGCCAUCCCCGAACUACAGACGGCAUUACAGAGCGCUCCGCCACCCGGACUCCCUUCUGCCCUGAGCGGCCUGUACCAACAAAUGUCGCGUACCACGGACAGUGUUGUCCCGAGUACCUUCCUGACCGCGCUGCGACAGGCGUUCCCGCAAUUCGCCGAGCAAAGCCGGAGCGGCAAGGGAACUGGCGGAUUCGCGAUGUACGCACAACAGGAUGCUGAGGAGUGCUGGGUGCAGUUAACGAACUCUCUGAGGGACGUACCUGUCCCCGGACCGUCGUCAGACGGGUCUUCGCUCCCUCGUAAGUUCGUUGACCAGUACAUGACCGGUGAAGUGCGCCGAGAACUGAAAUGCGACGAGGCACCGGACGAGCCGCCAUCCGUCUCCUUCGAGAAAGCCCUCAAGAUCGAGUGCAACAUUUCAAUCACGACGAACUACAUGCUCCAGGGUGUCAAGGACUCUCUAAACCAGAAGAUCGAGAAGAACUCGCCAACAUUAGGACGGGAUGCCCAAUACACCGCCACCUCCCGUCUCUCUCGCCUACCGUCCUAUCUCACUGUCCAUAUGGUGCGCUUCGCGUGGCGGACAGAUAUCGGGAAGAAGACGAAGAUCAUGCGUAGGGUGAAGUUCCCGACGGACUUUGACGUGCUCGACCUGGUCACGGACGAGCUGAAGGCGAAGAUGCUGCCGCUCGUGACCAGGUUCCGUGAGAUCGAGGGCGAGCGCUCUGAGCGGCGCAACAUCCGCAAGAAGACCGCCCUCCGUGUGGCGAGGGAGCAGAAGGCACUCGCGUCAGGCAGCGCUCCCGCAGAAGACGAGUCAGUGUACCGGGAGCGGGAGAAGACGCAGCUUGAGGCGCUGGUAAAUCCAGACCUCCAAGCAGAUGUCGGCUGCAGCUUGACCGGCCAGUACGAGCUCGUCGCGAUUGUGACCCACAAAGGCGCUGCGGCCGACUCCGGACACUACAUGGGCUUCGUCAAGAAGAGCGCCGUCCAGAACCAGAUUUCCUCGAGCGACGCGUCCGGCUCUACGUCCAAUGCGGUAGUGGGCGUGCCGGCGCAGGAGGACGAAGACUGGUACAAGUUCGACGACGACAAGGUGUCGAUCUUCCCGAAGGAGAAGCUCGACACGCUCGGCGGCGGAGGCGAAGACUCGUCGGCGUACGUGCUGCUGUACAAGACGAAGCCGCUCGCAUGAACGGUUGGGGAGGCUAGUGGGUGUGGACUGUGUGCCAGCGGAAGCAGUGCGAAGUGUUUGUUGUACGGUAAUGUAACGCCAGGGCUCGCUUUGGAAUUUGACGGCACUGAAAAAGGAGGGACACGCUCUUCGAGACAUCAACAUGAGCGCCAGGCAGCGGCCGUCUUCCUCGCCACGGUAC